AUGUCGCGUAUACUAUUGAAGUAUAAGGAAAACCGAGAAGAUUCUAAACUGUCAAACUUUUAUCUUGCAACCUUCAUUAAGGAUUGUUUCACCUACAUGGACCGUGGUGUAAUAUUUAAACUGAUAAACAUUUAUGCCGACUAUUUCAAUCCAGGAGAUCAUAAGAUACUCCUUGAGAUGAAGUUUGAAUUCUAUAAAGUGGUGUGCAACCAUGAACAUUUCAUUGCACUGAAUCUACCACUGCAGCACAAGGGUAAAAUCCAACAGUUCAAAGAUCUUCAACAUGAUUAUUGCUUGACUGAUGAAUUCUGUCGUAAUCAUUUCCUGGUGGGUUUAUUACUGCGGGAAAUCUCCUGCGGACUCCAUGAAACCAAAGAAAGUAGGAAGUGUGCCAUCAGUGUACUUAGAAACUUGCUAGUGAAGCAUUCAUUUGAUGAUAGAUACAAGUCAAAGGCCAUGCAAGCAAGAAUAGCAUCCCUCUACCUCCCGUUCAUCAGUGUGAUACUGGAGAAUGCACCAAGACUAAAUCUUCGUGACCAGACACCAUCAUCGAAACAAUCCACGCCGCAGAGCAAUGGAGAUACCCCAACGAUGACACCCGAUGGUUCGUUUCCUAGUCAUGUGAUGCCCUCUAGAAGUUCAAUGUCCUUAGAUUCUGGACAAUUGGAUAAUACAAGUUACAGUACAAUGCCAAGUAUAACCAAAACAACAAGUGCAAGAGAUUCAAGCGUUUUAGAUCUGAUAGCUGGCAACAAAGGCAUAGUGCCGCUAUUGUCCGGAUCCACUCCCGGUAUUUGCAGCGGUGAUAAUAUGAGUAACAGCAACAAUCAGGGAAUCAGGCGCUCAUCCUUCAGUAUAG